AAAGUCUCUCAGUCUGUUCAUUAGUCUAAACCUAAGCUUACCCUUCUCAGUUCUCACUCUACACUGCUCCUCCGUUUCUCUGAGUCACUACACACCAUUACUACAGUGCAGAGUCAGAGAGAGGAGAGCUAAGCUGGUGAGUGAGGAGCCAGGCGGAUCAACCACAAAAAGGUUAGUCUUUGGUUGAAGCUUUUCUCCUACAAUUGCAAUGCUUCGUUUAAUUUGCAAAAGACUCUCGCUUGUAAAGCCCACUGCUUCACCCAUUACCCAUGGCUUCUCUUUAUCCAGUUCUUUUAUUAGACCCAUGUCAGAAUUGUCUAGUUCCAAUGACAGAGAGACUUUUACGGUUUCUUACCUCCAAAACUCAUGUGGGUUGUCCCACAAUUCUGCCAUUGUAGCUUCUAAGAAGCUCUUAUUUGAAAACUCUGAACAACCCGAUUCGGUGUUGGAGCUAUUGAGAGGUCAAGGGUUGACAAAGUCCCAAAUUGAGAAGAUUAUAGUCACUCGUCCUCAAUUGCUUGAGGCUGAUUUGGAAAAUACACUUAGGCCUAAAAUGGAGUUUCUUGAGUCUUUGGGGUUUUCUGGUGCUAGCAUGGUAAAUUUGUUGACUAAGGAGCCUCGUGUACUUGAUUGUGAUUUAGUUGACUCAGUUCAAUUGUUUAGAGCUCAUGGUUUUAGUAAUGAGCAAAUCAAGGCAUUGACCAUUAAGCGUGCUUCAUUGCAUUUCUACAAUGUAAAUAAUACUGUUAAGAAACUUGAGUAUUUUAAAUUUAUGGGGUUUUCAGAUGAGGAUAUUGCCAGAAUUGUUUCAUCUGAGCCUUACAUUCUAGAAAGGAGCCUGGAGAAUCAAAUCAUUCCUUGUAUUGAAGUGCUUAAACGGGUUCUUGGCACUGAUGAUAAUGUUAGAAAGGUUAUAAAAGCUUGCUACUGGAUACUUGAGUACAAUUUGGAAAAGAUGCUUGUGCCAAACAUAUCCUUGUUGAAGAGCCAUGGUGUUCCUGAGGAUUUGAUUGUGAAAUUGUUCACAACCCACCCAAGAACACUGCUUUUGAGGUCUCAGAAGUUUAAUGAGAUUCUUGCUAAAGUUGUGGAAUUGGGUUUCAAACCAAAUACUUUGCUCUUUGUUCUAGCGAUUCGUUCCAUGGCUGUGAUGAGUAAGGCACUGUGGGAGAAAAAGGUGGAAACUUACAAAAGUUUUGGCUUGACAAAAGAUCAGGUGGAUUUAGCAUUCAAAUUGCAGCCAAUGUGUAUGCUUACCUCAGAGAAGAAGAUCAAGAAAGUGAUGCAUUUCCUCAUUGACAAGUUGAAUAUGGAAGCUUCUAUGAUUUGCAAAAAUCCAAAUCUUUUAAUGCUUAGCUUGGAGAAGAGACUCAUUCCUAGGAGUUCAGUUCUGCAACUUUUAAUAUCAUCAGGUUUUCUGAAGAAAGAUGUCAACAUUAUCUAUUAUCUCAGAAUGACUGAACCUAUAUUUGUGGAGAAGCUGGUAAGGAAGCAUAUGAAGGCGCUUCCUGAAGUUGUAUCCGCGCACGAAGGCAAGGUAGAAUUUCUAGGCUUUCCAGUUAUCUUAAAGUCAUAACUACUAUAAAGAUGAAGGUAAAGAGAGUAUCAAGGAUACCAAGAGCUAAGAUUGAGUUCAUUGUCUAGCCUCCUCUGCAGGCUGCUCAUCUUAUUUUUAGGUGGAUAAGUGCAAGUUAUUAAGAGAGUUUUUCUAGGAUGUGGCAAUUGUAGCACUUAAGUGAGACUUUUACAGGGUGGUGGUUUCUUAGACUUCUUUCUAUGGUGGUAUAGUAGUUAGUCUCCUCAGGUGUGAGCUGUCCUUACUAAGGGUUUACAUUUUGAUUAUUCAUCAUUCUUGCCAUCAAGCCUUUUAUCUCUAUUUUUGGCUGCUUUUGGUGACUGAGGAUCUCUUUUGUUUCUCCUUCAGUGUAGAUCAAAUUUAACUACUUGUUUUCCCUUUUAUUUUGACUUUUCAAUCGAACCUUUGCUAAAUCAAUAAAUAAGAUGAUCAGUACAGCAAAAA